AUGGAAAGUCACUGGGACUUCGAACACUUUGCGAGACUAGAUGGAAUUCUAUGCAAGGUUGCUUCGCGUCAUUGCUGCGCGUCCAGACCGCCCUUCAAAUGUUUUUUUCGCAAAUACGAGAAAGAUAGUGAGCUCCCUUCUACAGCGAGAGUUUUUGGAGAUCUAUUUUUCUGGGAAGAACUGAAGGAAGCAGAAGCCAUCAUUGCUCCACUGUCGUUUGCAUCCUACCGUUUGCAGCGAGAUGAAAACACGGUAGCGGAUGUAGUGGUCUCAUUUCGAGACAUUUUCCGAGGAUUCCAGCGCCACAUCGUUCGUCAUGAUGCUCUCGAUGUCUGUAUUGAAGAUCGCUGGGCGCAAUGCGAACAACCGUUGUUCAUGUUAGGCUUUGCACUGCACCCCGGGUGUGUAGAUGCAGCUAAAGAUCUGCCCCAAACAGCAGUAAGUGGCGUCGGCACCUUGUGCAAGAUUGCAAUUUACUACUACAGGCGGCUGUUUAACACCGAAGACACUGGGCAUCUGAGACGUGACAUGCUAGCGUGGAUGAAGGGGAGGUUCACUCGCACAAAGUACAGUGAGUUCCCAAACGCGCCGUGGGAGUAUUGGGAAUGUGUCGCAACGGAGAGACCAAAGAGCCAAUUACCGAAUCUUGCAAUGAGAGUGCUAUCCAUCGCAGUGAAUACAGCUACCUGUGAGCGGCUCUUUAGUGAACUGGGCCUGAUCCACACGGCAAAGCGGAAUCGAAUGGCGGCGAACAAGACUCUUGAUUAUCACAUCAUUGCCAAGCAUGUACGUCAACGAGCUCACAAGUCUUCUGCUGGAUCAGAGAACCCGAAGAAAAAACUGCUACUGUCCCCGACAGAAAGAGAGAUCAUAUUCGACGUUGCAAAUUCCUCUCAUCUCUUCACACCAUCUCCUCAACGCGGCGCUGUGAUCGAAGAAGACGAAAGCGACGAUGAAGAUCCUGGAGAUGGCGUAGAUGGAGAUUCAACUCUAUCUCUCUGGGGCGAUUUCCUUGACGAAGUAUUCGAGGACGAAGAAAUAGGCGCUGGAUAUACAGAGAAUGAGACAUUCACAUCCACGGCAGAACCACAAGUUACAGACCGUUUGGUUGAAGACGAGCUGGAUAACUUGAUCGACGAGUUUGAGUUCAUCCCAGAAGCGAUUAAGCACACGAUUCCAAACUUUAAUGACCGAAACUUUCCUCAAGAACCCAAGACACUUCAAGGGUUCCGUGGCCUAAAGGCAACACUUGCUCAGUUGUUCGGUUGAACAGUGCAAUCAUUCAUGUUAACUUCAUAUCAAUACAAC